UCCCCCAACAUUGCUCUUUUUUCGCUUCAUGUCGAUUGUAGUUGUAUACCAGAAGUGCCUAUAGUUAUUACCAGCUUCCAUAACAGGAUUCGAUACAUCAUCAGAGAUUCUCAUGGCAUCUAUAACUUCAAUGGGUCCAGAUACCCCGAUGGAUUUGUCAAAGGCCAGUCCUAGUCAACCUACCCCAAGCAAACCCCGAUUUCAACGAUGGUACCUAGAAGAAACGACAGGUCAGCCCAGGGUGGUUGGCACCGAAAGGGCAGAGAGCUCCGUAAUGGUUAAUAGCAACGAGGAGUGGAAGUGCUCACUAAAGCAGAAAGGUGAAAUGCUGGAAGGGUGGUACUGGGUUACUCUGAGUGUUACAUUUGACCAGAUCCAAGUCGACAAUCUGGAUAGUAUGACAUUCAGUGUCCUCCAGGCAGACGAAAAUCAUAUCUCGUAUGACCAGGUCUGGUCAUCCACGACUGUACUCGACAACAACGAGAUUCGCAAUAUCCCCCGAGAAAAAAACAGGCGGCUGAGACUUCUUCGGCAGGUUUAUAUUAAACCAAUGGACCCCACAGGAUACGUCGAGAUCACAAUCUCUUUCGGAACCGGGGCUACAGGAUCUUUUGAGGUUCAUUACGUUGAGAUUGAGGAAGGUGGUAUUCAGCCCACAGGUCAGUGCAUUUCCAACAAUCACCGUCCAUUUUGUUGGUCCAAAAAGUCAGUGGAGAUUAUAACCUAAUUCCCGUUCAACUCGGCGAUGUCGGUGUAGAUCAUAUCCUGUACGGAUUUGGAAAACCACAGCAUGCGAUCAUCAUGGAAAACCCCGAGGAGCGAUCAUACAUUUACUAUUUCCAACUCUCGAGCUCAGGGACCCACGUCUUAACGCUGACACCCUCGCUGAAUCCGCUUCAGUUGCGUCUCGAAGUCUGGGAUCUCCGUACGCCCGACAAGGCGAUCCCCUGCAACAGCAGCAACGGCAAUGGGCAACCUGAGCUCCACACCCGACCAUUUGCUCGUGCUUGUUUCCCCCUGGUCACGGAGGAAGAACACGAUCCCCCCGAAUACUACUCGAUCUCGAUCUCGCAUUCAGGGUUGCAGGUGACCUUGG